AGGUAAAGGCUCUCUCUUACGUGAAAUUGAUUCUCGAAAUUCACUCGGUCUUGCUAGGUUUUUGACCGAAGAUACGCCGGUAGCAACCGGGGGUGACCGAAGAUAAGACGGUCUCGAGUCAAGUUGAGGAAAUGCCAAUGAUCUUCAAUGAAAUUCGAGAUGAAGGAAUGACAGUUAGUGAGUCUUUCCAAGUGGCAUCAAUUAUCCAUUUAUUGCCGCCGGCUUGGAAGGAUUUCAAGAACUACCUUAAGCAUAAGCGAAAGGAAAUGAAUCUGGAGCAGUUGAUCCUCCGUCUGCGGAUUGAAGAGGAUAACCGGAAGAACGAUGAAAAACUCCCAAUCGUUACCAGCGCCAAGGCCAACGUGGUGGAGCAUGCUAAAGGCUCCAAAAAUAAAAAUAAUGGGAAGAGCAAGCUCGGUCCCAAGGGAGGCGUUUCCAAGACAAAGUUCAAUGGAAAAUGCUUCAAUUGCAAUAAAAACGGACACAGGUCCGCGGAUUGCAAGGCAUCCAAGAAGAAGAUGGACUCUCAAGUGAACUUGGUGCAAGGUGGGCAAAAGGAUGAAGACACCAUCCUUGUGGAUGUGGUGACCGAGGUCAUCCUCGUUGGAUCCAAUUCCAAGGAGUGGUUCGUGGACACCGGUGCAACCCGACAUAUUUGCUAAAACCGGGAGUUAUUCACUACAUUUGAGCCAUCAAAUGGUGAGAAGGUGUGGAUGGGAAACUCGGCUCAUUCCGCGGUUGAAGGCGUGGCUAAGGUGGUCCUGAAGAUGACUUCGGGUAAGGAGCUGACUCUCAACCAAGUGCUGUUCGUUCCGGAUAUACGCAAAAACCUGAUCUCCGGCUCGUUGUUGAACAAGCAUGGCUUCCGCAUGGUCUUUGAUUCGGACAAACUAGUAUACAUGUGAUGGGCUGUUUAAGCUCAAUGUAAUGACUAAUAAUAAUAAUAAUAAUAAUAAUAAUAAUAAAAUCCCUUCUGCUUUCUUGCUU